AUGGAGACAGAAAACCAUACAAGAGUGACAGAAGUCAUUAUUUUGGGGUUAACAGAUAAUCCUACGCUAUGUGCCAUCUUCUUUGUGGUAUUCUUAGUAGUCUAUAUAGUUACCGCAAUAGGCAAUAUCAGUAUAAUCGUCUUAAUCCGAAGCAGCCCUCAGCUUCACACCCCAAUGUACCUUUUUCUCAGCCAUUUGGCCUUUGUGGACAUCGGGUACUCCACAUCAGUCACACCAAUCAUGCUCAUGAGUUUCUUAAGAAAGAGAACGACUAUUCCUGUCACUGGCUGUAUAGCCCAACUUGGCUCUGAUGUCACUUUUGGUACUACAGAGUGCUUCCUGUUGGCUGCUAUGGCCUAUGAUCGCUAUGUGGCCAUCUGCUCUCCCCUGCUCUACUCCACCCAAAUGUCCCCAGUGAUCUGCUUUCUCCUACUGGGGGCUUCCUACGUGGGAGGAUGUAUGAAUGCUUCAUCAUUUACUGGAUGUUUGAUGAACUUGUCCUUCUGUGGACCAAAUAAGAUCAACCAUUUUUUCUGUGACCUUUUCCCACUCUUGAAGCUCUCUUGUGGCCAUGUUUAUAUUGCUGAAAUAUCUCCUGCUAUCUCUUCUGGGUCAGUUCUUAUAAGCACACUGUCUACCAUAAUUGUAUCCUACAUCUAUAUCCUCCAUUCAAUCCUGAAUGUGCGUUCCACUGAGGGGAGGAACAAAGCAUUCUCUACUUGCACUUCCCACCUCACUGCAGUCACUUUGUUUUAUGGGACAGUAAUGUUUGUUUAUGUGAUGCCUAAGUCAAGCUAUUCAGCUGAUCAGGUUAAAGUGGCGUCUGUGAUCUACACGGUGGUGAUACCCAUGUUGAACCCUCUCAUCUAUAGUCUGAGGAACAAGGAGGUGAAAGAAGCCAUGAGAAAAUUGAUAGCUAGAAAACAUUCAUUUUUCUGA